AUGAUGGAGAAGAAGAAUAAUGAGUUCGCAACUAAGCUUGAUCUGUCUGAGGAUUGUGCCUUGGGCAGUGUCACCGAUGAUGACAAGAGACUACUUCGCAAGAUUGAUCGGAAAAUCCUCCCGAUCAUGUUCUUGACUUAUUUCCUGCAGAUGAUUGACAAGAUUUCGAUCAAUUAUGCAAAUGUGAUGGGCAUGCAGGGCGACUUGGGCAUGCAUGGCAAUGACUUCUCAUGGCUGGCAACAUCCUUCUUCAUCGCCUACGCCGUGGCAGAAAUCCCGCAGGGUGCUCUGUUGCAGCGAUUCCCCGUGUCCAAAGUCCUCGGAGCCAAUGUCUUCUGCUGGGGUAUUAUCCUCUGCUGUUCUUCGGCGGUUAAGAACUUCUCUGGCAUGCUGGCACUUCGUAUUCUUCUGGGCCUGAUGGAAGCCGUGAUUGCUCCUUCUCUUACAAUGUACACGAGUAUGUGGUAUACUCGAGCCGAAUCGACACCUCGCUAUGGUUUCUGGUAUUGUGGACUUGGAGUUGGACAGAUAGUUGGCGGUCUCAUCUCGUUUGCCGCUCAGCAUGCCCCAGCGUACCUUUCAUUUGGUGGCUGGCGGAUCAUGUUUGUCGUGAUCGGCGCAGUUAACAUCAUCGUCUCGUCGCUCGUUCUAUUCAUUCUACCGGAGACGCCUGACAAAGCCAAAUUCCUCAGUGAAGCAGAGAAACUGCGUGUGGUCGAAAGAUUGAACCAAGAUGCAGCCGGUGUGGGCGAGAAGGUGUUCCGCUGGCGAUCCGUCCUGGAAGCUUUCGCCGACCUCCAGACAUGGCUGCUGGUUCUGCUUACGAUUCUCAUCACUAUUCCCAGUGGUGUCAUUACGACCUUCUCGUCCAUUCUCAUCAAAGGAUUUGGUUAUGAUUCCAAGCAAAGUGCGCUGUUGAACAUGCCAUCUGGCAUCGUCAGCAUUGUGUCAACAAUGGUCUCCACUUAUGCGAUUGCAAAGGGAUUUUCGCGAUGGCUCGCCAUCGAUCUUCUCUUGCUUCCAACUCUCGCGGGAUCGUGUCUCAUGUCCUUCCUUCCCGCUUCGAAUAGGGGAGGCUGUUUGGCGGGUAUCUAUUUGGUCAACACCACUGUCGCCCCCUUAGCAUUGAUUUACGCUUGGACUGGUGCGAACUUCAAGGGCUACACCAUGAAGGUCUCCGGCGCCGCGAUUAUCUCUGCCGGAUUCAGCGUCGCCAACAUCAUCGGCCCUCAGACCUUCCAAGCUAAAGAUGCCCCUCGCUACAUCCCUGCCAAGAUUACCCUCGUGGCAGUGAAUGCCGCGGCAAUCCUAGUCUCCACUUCUUUGCGACUCAUGUAUGGAAGACGCAACAACAAGGCCGACCAGCUUGGUGUGCCAGCGCGUAGCUCGAUGGAGGCAAAGAUGGCGAAUAAGGGGGGCGUACAGGAUGUCCAUGACGAUGAGAACUUCCGCUAUGUGUAUUAA